AUGUCUCAAUAUGACGACUCGAAUGACUACGACUGGUCCGAAGACUUUCUGCCCACUGGCCAAGCCCAAACAAAUUAUAGGGAACAUGGCCAACAGCACUCUCCCCGGUGGCGAAAUGAUCCCCCACUAGCAUUUGAGGACCCGGCACGAGAUUCGCAAUUUGCCCACGACGCCUACCGUCGGGCUCAACAGGAACAAGCGCGGAGAUCCGAGUCCGGUCCGAACGUCGAGUCUAAUGCCCAAAGGACGAAUACAGCGACCAUCCAAUCAACAAAUAAAUCGCCACAAACUCAGCUACAAUUCCACACCCAACAUUCGCCACAACCACAGCCACGGCUAUCGCAACACCGACCUAUACAACAACCACUUCCACAGCACCAGCAGAUAUCACAGCACCAGCAGAUGCUGCAAAAUCAACCGCCACGAGAGCAGGAAUGGCUACGGAUACGGAUACGGACACAGCAGCAGCAAUGGAUACAGCAACAACAACGAGUACGGCUUUAUCAAGAGCAGCAGCAGCAACAAAGGUCAAAACAAUACCACCAACAGCCGGAGCAACGGGUGCAGCAGCAGCAGCAGCAGCAGCAGCAGCAGCAGCAAUGGAUACAGCAACAACAACGAGUACGGCUUUAUCAAGAGCAGCAGCAGCAGCAAAGGUCACAACAAUACCACCAACAGCUGGAGCAACGGGUGCAGCAGCAGCAGCAGCAGUUUGUACGGUCUUCCGAUAUCAAUUCUUCUUUGCCCAUGUAUAGUUCGAAUACUCCUCGCUUCCUUCUGGAUGGUGUUCCAGGCUCACCAGCUUCUCCGCAAUAUCAUGAAGAGGCAUCUCCCUCCAACAGAGCGUCGAAUUGCUAUUUCCAAGCUAAAGCACGCACUUCGUACCUUCCUCCGCAGAUAAGUUCUGUUUCUGCAGGUCCUGAGAGUCAUGGGACGUCUACAUCAACACUUGGCUUUCCUACUUCCUCCACUGGUCCGUUGUUUUCUGACCAUGAAAAUCGUUCUCACCCUUUGGGAGACUCGUCUACAUCAGUGGCUCACAGUGGGCUCGGAUCAUAUCCUUCGCAAGAGACCUUUGAUGAAUCGGUAGCUCCACCGCGAGCUCGAAGAACGACCACAGAAGGCUCUCAUUCUCAUCCGCAAAAUCCCAUUUCAGUGUUACCUAAGCCUUCCUCCGAGACUGCCCCAGCUUCGAAUCGCGCGAAGCAGGAACCGCUACCUUCAGGGCCAUCUCACCCUCAGGAAACAGCAAGCCUCUCUGGCGAUUCUUCAUCAAUUGAUGAUGCUAUUGCUUCAUCCUUUGCCUCGCAUACUUCUGCUCCUCCGGAAGAAGCUCGGCCUAUAUCUAGGACUACCCGCGCCUUCAAUGCUUCAGACUAUGUCCAUUCAGUGCCAUCACCGUCCUACAUGCGGAGCCGAAAAGAUCUGAUCCAGCCCUUGGACUAUACAAAGGCAGUCAAAAAGGAAACCUAUCAUCCAGCGACCAUUGCGCGGGACGUGUUGAUCAAUUGUGCCAAGCACCCAACAGAGAAAAUGUUGAAUCACCACUUAGAGAUUCUUCGUUCUAGGUUUUCGGCGGUGGACCUUUCCAAAAAUCUCGCCAGCUUCCGGUGGGAUUUGCUGGAAGAUGCCCAGGAGAAACGAUCUGCAGCAAUUGCCUCCAGGCCCAGGCCGCCGCCAGCGCUGAUGCCGUUCAAGGUGGCGCUACCCGCCGGCACCAGCCACUCGACUGUACCCGCGGCGGGUGUGGCAGCCGCCUCUCCACCGCCCGCAGUUGGCCUGGGCGGACCGCGGCCCCCGACAGCUGGACAUCUGCCGGUACCAACACAAGCACCAACACAAGCACCAACACCCACCAUCAACAUCCCUCGCAACCCGCCACCUCCCCAUUCCACCAAUUCGCUACAUCCUUCGAACUUCCCAAUUCCAUCCGCCUUCAACUCACCGCGUCACGCGGCGCAACCACAUUCACAGUCGCAGUUCCAAUCGCCACGCGUGUUCGACCUUCAUCGGUCUUCCCCCAAGCCAUUGGCAAUUCCGGCCACUCCAAAGCCCCAUCUCAAGACCAAUGCAAAUCGAGGACCCGUGUCGACACGAGAUACACCGACUAGAAGAGAGGCAGCUAGAUCCAGCUCCCAACAGGUGAACAGCACACCGUGUUCACGCGCGGCCGAAAGCUAUCCCCAGCCUCUCGUGGUGAUCCCACCGUCUCCAACAAAAAUGCCUCCAAAGAAGAAGGCACGGGGACGCCCACGGAAAUCUAUCGAAGUGGUCGUUCCGGUUGCGGAGUCACCUGUCAAGUACCCAGUGUUUCAUUGUCGUUGGGAGUACUGCGAGUCCGAACUACACAAUUUGCAAGCACUUCGGGUUCAUUUAAUGCAGAACCAUAUCCCUCACAACAUCACCUGCGGUUGGCAGGGCUGCCAGGAUACCGAUCCCAAACCUGCAGCUGGCAUGUGGGAUCAUGCUCGGGAUGUCCAUAUCUCACCUCUGGCGUGGAAGUUUGGAGAUGGGCCAACGGUGUCCCCUACUGCCCAUGAACAAGACACACCCUCUUACAAUGCCCUGCCUUCGCGGCAUACACGCCCACCUACAGUGGCUCUGCCGGCAGACGAUAACAUGAUCCUCGCGUUUAGCCGGAUCCACGGGGAUCAGAAAUUGAAUUACACUGAGCGGAGCUCUCGCACUAUGAUCGACGGGGGAAUUGACCGGCUGGAUAGCAUUGGUGCAAGUUUGGAGGCGAGCAGCCAUCGAAUUUCGCCGAUGAUGUGCCAGGAAUUGGUCAACUCGGAGGAAAUGGUUUCUGUUGCCAUCUGA